AAGACUCAUCAGUGCCUCUCUGUCCUCUUCUUCAUAGUAAGUUCAACUCUUCUUGAUGUCCUGAAAUCCUGGCAAUAGUAUUCCCCGUUCAGCGGGGUUUGUCUUAUCUGUGGUUCAUUUGUGAGGUGGUUGUGUACUCAGUGGGAUUCUCCAUGGUUCUGCUCAAAUCCCAGACAAACAAGCUGACACAAGAAACUCUCUCCAAGCCCGCUCCACCCUCGACGAGGUUUCAUCCCUCUUCGGAUGAUGCCCUUCAUGCUUCAUUCCAUCAGCCACCCUCUUUGAGAGGCCUUGAGUCCCUUAAGUCCAACCUGCCCUAUCUGGAGCAGAUCAAUGCUUCACCGCGAGUAUUCAGGAUCAGAAAUUUGUUGACCAAGCAAGAAUGUGAGCAUUUGAUGCUCCUGGCCUUUCGCAAAGGCCUUUCCAAGACGAUGAUCAUGCCUUAUGGGACGCACAAACUUGUAGAGAGUACAACGAGAACCAAUGAUGGAGCAUGGCUGGACUUCCUGCAAGAUGAUGUUGUUCGUCGACUGGAAGAAACCUUGGGAAAGCUCACGAAGACCACCCCUCAACAAGGAGAGAACCUGCAGGUGCUCCAUUACUCCAACGGAGCACAAUUCUUCCAAGAGCAUUAUGACUACUUCGACCCUGCCCGGGAUCCCCCAGAAAGCUUUGAACAAGGGGGAAAUCGAUACAUCACUGUGAUAGUUUACCUCGAGGCUGCGCUUGAAGGGGGGGAGACACACUUCCCGGAGCUGGGACUGAAGUUGACAGCUCAACCCGGAGAUGCUCUAAUGUUCUACAACUUGAAGGAGCACUGCUCCGGCACCGACCCUGAUUGCGUUGAGAAGAAAACAAUCCAUGCAGCUCUGCCGCCUGUGAGGGGUGAAAAGUGGGUAGCCGUGAAAUGGAUUCAUGAAAAACCAUAUCAGAAAGGUUAGAGAUUGUUCUCUGUAUAAAAUUUGUACAUUAUCAAACCAAUAAAUUUUUCUUUUUUCACAAUUUAAUUGUCAAAGACAGUGAAUAGAAUACUGAAAACCAUCAAUAAAAAAAAACUCCUUAAUUUGAAUUGGAAAGCAUAAUACUACGGCAACAGGGCAAAGAAAUGGCAAGAAACAACACAAAAAACACAAAGUACAUAAUAGACUGCAGAUUCUUCUUAGAUUUCGCAGGAUAGGAGGAACGAGACUUGCAAUCCUCGCUGCAUCUGAUUUCAGCGCCCCAUGACUGCAGAGCUUUGAUCCAGACAAGGUGUUCAAGAUUGCUUUUACACUUCAAGAAUAUUGUUUCAUCUGGACUAGCUGGACUCUUCACAGAUUUCGUGCUGAUACGAAGAAGAAAUUCUUUUCCAGGAAUUGCUUCUACCGUGACAUGCUGCAGAUAGAGUUCACACAGCUUCAAGGAGCAGGCAUAUAGUGUAAGUUUCGAUUCCGUCACACCGUUGUCAUGUCUUGCUGUGAUCUGGCAGGAGACAGGGAUAGAAUGCUCGGAGUCUAGACUGCCUUGAAUUUCAACUUGACCUUGGAAACUUGGAUCUUCGUCAUCCUGAAUUUCGUUACCGUGAUGUGUCGGUUGAACUGAUUCUAAAGUACACAGAGCAUUCUUCAGCAAGUGACUGCUCUUCUUGGUCUGAACAAACGGGCAUGCCCCAGACUGCAGAACAGCCAGCGGUGGACCCUUCCCUUGGGGAUGACUGUUGCUCUUUCCUUUCGUAUCAUUUUCAGCUGUCCCCGAAGGAUGAGUUUCGGAGUCGCAAGUGGCCGUUUCACUAUGAUUGUUUUGAUUCGUCAAAGACAAGUUAGACAUGCUAGCAAAGAUCUUGUUGGCAUAGAAACGGCUUCCGCUACUGGAACUCUUCAGUGAGGGCCUGGGCAGAUGUUGAUUGUCGGGUGCAUGUUGGUGCGUGUCAGUGGAAUGAUGACGAUUCAGACGAGCUUCGUUCAGGAGAUUCUUGUUCUGAUUGCAAACAACGGAGCCUUCGCUCGUAUUGUUCAGGUUAUACUGCUGUAGCUGUUGGCCUGAGUUGUUGUGAUGGCCCAACACCAGAGAUUUCUUAUCAGGGUUACGUUCAUUUGAAGGAGAUGUGCGCUUCCCAUAGAGGCUGUUCGAUCGGAGCAUGCGGCUAUCAGCAUGUUUGGAGCUUCCAACACUCUCUUUCUCCCCUCCCCUUUCUUGAAUCAUCG